AUGGAUAGGUCAGACCAGAUGCUGGAGCUGUACAAUUCUGCAAGGAAGACCAUGGUGUGGUAUAAGAAGCCUGGCAUGUACAUGGUCCAGAUCUCAUUGUGCAAUGCCUACGUAGUGUGCCCAAAGAUUAUUGAGGUUCACGUUAAGCACUGGGAGUGCCUGAUUAAGAACAGAGACCCAGAGGAUGGCGAGCCCGAGAAUAAGCGUUCUCUAGAAGAGAUUGAGGAGGUGAAGCACAGGGAGCUGAAGCUGCGGAACUACACCCCAGAGGAUGAGGAGCUCUGGGAGAGACAGGUGCCCAAAGCAAAGCUGGCCUCAGUGGAGGAGAAGGUGAGGGACCAACUGGAAGCAGCCAAUCCGGAGCCAUUGAUCGAGGAAGUGGACUUGGCUAACCUUGCACCCAGGAAGCCUGACUGGGAUUUGAAGCGAGACGUGGCUAAGAAGCUGGAAAAGCUUGAGAAAAGGACACAGAGAGCCAUCGCAGAACUGAUCCGAGACAGGUUGAAGGGCAGCGAGGACGACCUGGCUGCAGCAGUGGGAGCAGUGAGAGAGGAUGAUGGGGAUUCAGACUGAAGAUUCUGAUCAUGUCAUUACAUGUGCCGCUUAUUAACAGAGAGCUGGAGCCCCAUUAAACUGAUAACACACAGGGAAGAUCAGUAGAAAAACACUAGCGGCGCAAACGGAUGCAUCUGACUUUUGUGUUUUUAAAAGUAUUCAGGGGUUUUUUUGUUUAGUUUUUGACUGUUCUAGCUGUACAUAUAUCUUUUGCAAUAAAACCU